AACGGAAUAGGCAUAGGCACACAGCAGUGGGCGGUAUUGAACCCUGCUGCGAGAUCCGAUACCCAUAUGUUACUUGCUCUCCAUUUCCAACUCUUGGGCUGUAUAGAGUAAGUUAGCGAGAUGGUUAUGCCUGCAUUUUUCCAUUGUAAGCGGAAAGGAGACGUCGCCAGACGACCCCACGGUGAAACGGGGGAUAGAAGAAGCUGAUGCAGACAUUUGCCGAAGAUGGGUAAACCGACGUGAGCUUGCACGCAACCCAAAUGAUCUGCUACACACCUUUUGUUUCUAAUCAUCUGUGUCAGGAGUUGUUUUGAUAUAACGCGAGAUUAGGCUAUACUCAGGUCGUGCGUAAUAGUCGACUUUGUAGGUGCCUUUUGAAUGUCUGAAGAGGAUGCAGCUUCUUUUCAGUUGUAGCAUGACAAGUGAUGGUUGUGGGACAGACAUCUGCCAUUAAUUUCUUUAUUAAAACUACCGCUUCAGAAUUAUAUCUCAAACUUCAAGCAUUUCCCAGGGACAACUGUCAAUGACAAUGCGCAAGGAAUAAGUACGUCUACUUUCAUUUUGAACUCUUUUUCAAAAGUUGAUCGCUGGAAUGGAAUGUAUACUAUAUACAAUGUUACUAUAUUUUUCGGUGAUGCUGGCAGCAGUCGCUGUAAGUGUGUCAGAGGUGUCGGUACAAUCAAACGCACAGUUCCAAGGAGGAAUGCACAGCCAGGCAUAUAGGAAACGCAGUCACAGUCCGCAUUCAGACACUGUGAUCAAAAGGCACAUUGAAAGCAUUGCACAACUUGCUGGCCAACUUGCAGCACCACCCACCACCACCGCGGCACACAGUGGGGAAUUCAUAAACUCACAAGAGAAAAUGAACCCGGACCAAUUAGGGACUGCAAGGACCAUCAAAAGGACGCAGAGAAGUAGGAGGUUACCUCAGCCCAAAAAAGUAGUCCACAGUGCUGCAGCCGCAGCUCACCUUGACCACAGCAGUGCUCUCCAAACGGGGCAUUCAUCGUCGUCACCACUUCUCCACCUCAACACAAACACCUCCACCACCUCCUCCAUCAUGCUGGCCAGGUUCUCUGGCAGGAACAGAGCGCUCGUCAUCUCCGCCCCACACAAGUCUGACAGGUCCUAUCAACAGCUGCUGAAACUGAUGAAAAAACACGCCUACUGUGAAAUGGCAGAGCGCGACAUGCUGCAGAUUGUCAUAUUCCAUCAAGGUGGAGGUGGAGGAGGUGGAGGAGAUGGUGGAGGCGGUGUGGUUGGAGAGAUGGAAGGCAAAAUAAGGCACAUCACCAAGCAGGGCUUCAUCAUCGAGGAGCCCCUGGAUGCAGACACGAUGCAUCGACUGGUGGGGGUGCUGAAACUGGAGGCGGGUAAAUUUGAGAUGGUCCUGCUCAGGAAGACCCUGCAGGUGGAGGCUCGCUUCCCGUACCCCGUGAGGCUGGAGGCCGUGUACGAGGCUGUGGACCAGAUCCCCGUGCGGAGGCUGGAACGGCUCAGGCAGAAGGGCUUUGUCCAGAAGUGCAAGGAGGCCGGGAUGGAGGGGCAGGUGGUCAAGACGGCAGUGCUGGUGCCCAAACUGCCUGAGACUCAGGUGAGCUCGCAGGCAGACAACAGGAAAGAUGUGGUCAGGCCUACAGCAGUAAGCAUUAUGAGGCAGGACACAGGUCAAGGCGUGAAUGUGAAAGUGACAACUUUUCCAAGCACCACCACGUCCACCACCUCCUCACCACCUGGAACUACCACGACCACCACCACCACCACCACCUUCACCACCAGUGUCACUACUCCAAAGAUGGGCCCCACACAAGGACACAGUGCUCCCCACACAGCAGCCACAGCUGACCCAUUUUACCAGCAGCCCACCAGGAAUGUGCGGAGUGAUCAGUCCACCACUGUCACUUCCACUUCUGCCUAUAGUGCUCACUGGAGCAAGGCUGGAAACUCCAGUGGUCAAGGAAUUAACCAGGCUUCUGGCACCACAGAGCACAACCAGGCCAAAAAAGGCACGUCAGCUGAGCAAAGUACGCCAAAGAACAAAUCGAAAGCGGCAAACAAGAAGAAACAGAAAAAGGAAAAAGGAAAAGGCAAAGAGAAAACCAGGGAGGACAGUGAGAAAGCGACUGUCGCCAGUCUUGAAGAUGACAUCCUUAGCCAAAAUGGUAAAUCUAAACGGGGCACAACGGAAAGGCCACCCAGGACCGAGAAACCAGACAAAGCGCAAAAAAAGAACAAAGCAAGCAAGAAGUCAAAACCUCCCAAGGAAGGCAACCAUGUCAGUAGUCCUGAGAUGGAGGCACUCAUCGAUAGGAAAGAAAACGCCUCAAAGCCAUCAGAAACGGAAUUAGCCAAGAAGAGAUCGCUGGAAAGGUUUUUGAGUUACUUUGAGAAGAGAAGAAGGUUGAUUGUUGUCACAGCUCCCAGCGAACAGAACAGCAUGUACAGGCAGCAGAGGGAUGAGUACAGGGAGCAUGUGUGUGAGAUGGCCCUCAGGAAGGUCUCCGUCGUCACCAUCUUUGGGCCCCUCGCCAAUGGCACCAUGAAGAUCCAUCACUAUCAAACGGCUCAUGACAAGCCAAUGAGGGGUUUGCAGGACGAUGACCUUGUGAAUCAUGACCUCAUCAUGGCCUUCCGCAAAGAGCUGGGCAUGACACACGAUGACUUCUCCAUGGUGCUCACCGACUUUGAGAUCAAAGUCAAGCAACAAUAUGAAGUGCCGAUUGCCAUGAAGGCCGUGUUUGACUACAUGGACACGUUUACGUCACGCAUUAAAGAGAUGGAACAAAAGAAAGAAAAAGGUCUGACGUGCAAAAAGGAGGACAAAUCGAGAACAUUGGAGAACUUCCUGUCACGGUUUCGCUGGAGGCGGAGGCUGUUUGUGAUUUCCUCCCCUAACGAGGACGAGUGGGCCUACCAGCGGCAACUCCACACGCUAACCAGCCAAGCGUGCAGCCUAGGUCUGCGCCAUAUGUCAGUACUCCGGCUGGUGGGAAAAGACGGAGAGAGUACAGGGGGAGUCCUUGAACUGUACCCUAUCAAUGGAAGUGCCUCGGUGGAGAGGGAGCACCUCUCGGCGUCGCUCGUGCAGGACAUUAGGAACUACUUCCAGGUGGCGCAGGACUCCUUCUCCAUGCUCCUGGUGGGCAAGGACGGCAACGUCAAGUCCUGGUACUCCUCGCCCAUGUGGUCCAUGGCGGCCAUCUACGACCUGGUGGACUCCAUGCAGCUGCGGCGGCAGGAGAUGGCCAUCCAGCUGUCCCUCGGCAUGCGCUGCCCCGAGGACGAGGACCAGCCCAGUAGCCAUCAGGACGGCCACCAGCAGGACGCCAUCUUCCGGGGCUAUGGUUACUGACAGACAUAAGGGGUGCGAAUUCCAAUAUGCGGACUCCCGCCCUACAUCUGUGCUUGUGGCCUGUCUUUGCUGACGCCCCCCUCCAUGGAGAAAACGAUUACGUUUCCCCGCUGUCAGCCUAGCCACAACAACUUUUGGGGGACUAUUCUUCGUUCAGCAUACCAAUGGCAAAUGAGAAAAUUGCAUUAGAAUUGCAUAUUAGAAUGCACCCAGGGUGUGGGUGGAAUUCCUUCCCUCCUGUCCUUUCCUUUCGCUUGUGGCCUUGUGAUGUGAGGCUCGACGUCAUUGAUGCCCGAGGCUUUGUUCAAUAUCUUGGAAUAGCACAUUCAAAGGAUGUCAUCGCAUUUGUAAUUGGGAUGUUGAAUGAGGAGAGGCCCCCAAACUGCUCUGCCUAAGUGGACAAAACUUUUUUUUCUCCACAAAGGCAGGGUGACACCGAGACAAGAGGCCUCAAGCAACAGGAAAGGACAGGAGGACCCAAUUUGACGUUCACUCAUGGAGUGUAAAUCACAUCCAUCUUCCAGUAGUUCCCUCCAGCCUCUGGACAUGCUCCUUGGAGUCCACCCACUCCCACAGAGAAAACAAAGUUUUCCAACUGUCAAGCAGCACAGAAUUGCCUUUUUGGGGGACUUCUCUCCCAUUCAGGGGCCUCGUACUAGGAUUUCUGUCUGAAUCUUUGUGUAUGUUAAAUUCUGAAGAUAUAUUUGCACCAAAAAGUGUCAGUCCAUGCAUAAACAGGUUUUCAUGCGGAUUCACGUGGUAGUACCUCUGAUUUCACAUGAAAUUUAGAACACAAGUGCUUUUUUUAUGUCAAGUCAGUCUUAGUACAUAUGAACGUUUGCAUGAAAAGUUACUUGAGUAGCUUUUUGUGCAUAAGCAAGCUUUGUACAUGAGGCCCCAGAUAUCGUGAUUGCAAAUGAGAUAGUAAGUUCUGAAUUAGAUUUUUGCAAUAUAUUGAAUUUAAAAAUAACAUCGUAUUGAGAGGUCAUGGAUGGUGUUGAGCGAGGCCAGAGGAAGCAAUGGAGGAGGAGGAAUAUUGAGAUGUACCCAUCACUCUUGGUCCUGAUGCUGUGCAUAAGUUUGAGCAGAAGCAAUCUGAAUGGAUGAAUGUGAUAACCAAGAAUGAUCUGUUUGUUUUAUCUUGCUAUGGGGAAAAGUUCACACACACACCUUUGGAUACUCCUUUGAGUAUUUUUUUUAUAUAUUUUUUAUUUUUUUCCCAUAUUAAUUAGAAACACUCCUAAGUGAAACACUCCUUGGAAGUGAAUCCAUGUAGUAUGUCAUGCAUCAGGAAAAAUGUGAAAUGUAAGAAAAUGCUAUUACGAUACACAGAAAUCACAAAUUUACGAAAAGUUAUUUUCCAGCUUUUUCAGCUGAAGUUUAGUUUUUAUUGAAGUUUUCGACAACUUCUUUGUUACUUUUGAACUUUGGAAUGUAUGUUCAUUUUGACUCAGUAUUAAAAUAAUUAAAUGCAACACAGUGACCAUUUGUUCUCUCUGCAUUUCCAAAGCAAUACAUUUUAAUUAAGCGGGCUUGCCACACUUAUAGUAAUCUCUAAGUACAGCUUAUUAUUAUUAAGCGGGCUUGCCACGCUUAAAGUAAUCUCUAAGUACAGUUUAUUAUUUUUAUGCUUGCUUCUCUUGUGCAGGGCAGUAAAAAUAGAAACCGCUUCUCCUCCUAGGCCUUUCGAGAUAGAGACACCAUUCAAACACUAAAACGACCGGCUCGGCUUGGAGAUUUAAAAAAAUGCUUUGUGUGUCCAUACCCCUUGACGUUUUUUCGUUUUCGUCGAUUUUGUGCAAGUUUGGGUCCCCAUUGAAAACAAUGGUAGAAUGCUCAUGAACGAAGGUUCCGCCACUCUACAGAUCAGAGUGUAGGAGGCUUUUUUGUUCAUAAAACAUCAACACUUUCACCUAGAAGUUUAGUUGACGCAUUGUUAGCGAGCUCUAUGAGAUGACUCCAAACGUUGAAAAUAUCAUGUCCCAACUCUCAUCACUUUUUAAAUGGCAGGUGUGUAAAACCUCCCAAUGGCUGUGUCCUAUUGAUUCUUGAAGUGCCUUUCUGAAGAGGUCAGGUCAUCUGCAACAAGAGGUUCAUUUGUGACUCAACCGUUUAACCUAUAAACUUCAAUCAAGGACUGUUAGAAAGAUCACACGUAUGACUCCAAUCUGUGCAAAGGAUAUCUGCCAAUUCUUUUUAGGUUUUUAACAGCGAUCUAAAAAACAGAAACUGUUUUUGAUUCUGCCCUCUGCCUUCGAGCACAAUACUAAAUGCCAUACAGUGAA